AUUUUAAAUAUAACUGCAUGAGACACUAAUUCUAAAUGUAGAUUGGAGUAGGAUUGUUUCCUCUGCUUUUGAUGGUAUCCUUCAUUAAAUUACUAUGAUUAAAAGAAUAGCUUUCACUUUAACAACAAGGUGCUUUUGACAGUAUUUGAGGGGAAAUCCUAAUUAUUUGGAGCUCUAGUCUGGACUUUCCUUAACUAACCAUCAGACUGAUAUCUGAAGCCUUCUAUUUUAGCCAUUGUUAUGUUCCAUCAUGUCUUUGUGACUCUUAAGAAGGAAGUAGUCCUUUUUAUUUACUGGCAUUUGUGAAUUUCCUCAAGAAAACCUCUUAAAAUGUGUAAUGUUCAGUGAUCAAUUAAAGGAGGAUUUCUCAAAUUCUGAAAAUAUAUAAUCCUUUUAAAUGAUAACGUGAAAUUGUAUUACAAUACACACCCCUUCUGAUUAGAUUGAAGCAUUGAAGCAAUGAACAUGAAUUUGGGUAAACUGAGAGAUAGUGGAGGAGAAGGGGGCAUGGCAUACUAGAGUCCAUAACAUACAAAAAGUCAGAUGGGACUUAUUGAUUGAGCACCUCACCCUCUCAUUAUCCCGGCUUAUUUGUGCAAGAAAUAAAUGUACACCUUUAAUCUUUACGUCAAACAAAAAAGUGAUAGAACCACAUAGUGUUAGAAAAUAAAACCUUAUUGGAAAUUGAAGAAAAAUUGAAGAAAAAUUGAAGAAAAAGUUUAAAAUCACAUUUUAAUGGAAGGAUGAACUGGCUUAUUUUUGUAUCAUUCUGAAAUCUGAAUUUCGUUUUGAAGACAGCCAGUUUCUUUCACUAGUCAGAUGGGAAGUAAAAGGUAUUUCUUUGCCUUAAGUCAAUUUCUCUUGAAAUACUAUAGCUUGCAAAAUCUUUUUUUUUUUUUGCAUGAUUACUUUUUCUGCUUUUGAUGAUCUCUUCCCAAUAAUCUCAAUCCUUCACUUCCUAUUUGUAAUUCUAUCUGCACAGUGAAGAUCAGAAUUAAAUUUUUGUGCUCUCCAACCUUGAUUGCUCCCUUUGAAAAGAAAAGUAGCAUACAAAAACAAAAAAGGCUUCUUAGUUUGCAUUAAACUGGUCUUCUCUUCUUGUCCAUGGUCUUUUGAUAUAUAUAUGUAUAAAGCAUAAAUUGAAGCCUGGAUACUGAAGAUCAACAAGCAAGGCAGACUCUGCAUUAAGUAGCAAGCCUCAUGACGUGGCUUUUCUUGUUUAAAACAUACACAGAGAACUGUAAAGGGAUAGUGGCCUGUGAUGACAUUUUGCAGUAUGCCAGCAUCCCUCCUUUACCAGCUUGAACAGGAACUGGAUACAGAUGAAAAGGAAACCAUGCUCUUCUUGUGCGGCGAUCUCAUGCCUGACGUACCUAUGUCUGAUGUCCUACAACUCUUGACAACUUUGAAUGAAAAGGAGAUGCUGUCCACCAUCAACUUAUCUGAACUAUUAUACAGGCUGAAAAGAUUUGACUUGUUAAGGAAGUUCCUGGGGACUGGAAGAGCAGCUGUGGAAGCCAAUUUAGCCAAGCAUUCUCAGAUGUUGUCAAAAUACAGGGUGUUGAUGACUGAAAUCAAUGAAGAUCUGGAAAAAGAAGACUUGAGGUCUCUCUCUUUCCUUCUGAAAAAUCAUCUUGAUACAUCGCACAAGGAGAAGAGUUUUCUGGCAAUUAUUACUGACCUGGAAAAGCUGGACCUGAUAUCUCCCAUGCAUCUGGAUUUAAUAGAAAAUUGCUUCCUGACCAUUCACAGGAGAGACUUGGCAAAAAAGAUUCAAAAGUACAAACUAGAAGUUCCAGUGCGCUUUCCAACUAUGAAUACAAACACUCUUCAGAUGUCCUUACCUAAGUUAUCCCUAGCUGACCCUCCAGAGCCUGUGAACAAGGAAAGAGUAAUGAAUGGAGCCUGUGCUGUCCAGGCAGAACAGAUUCACAUAUCCAUUCCAGAAACAGAAGUACAGGGUUGUAACAAGUACAGAAUGCAAAGCAAACCUUUAGGAGUCUGCCUGAUUAUUGACUGCAUUGGCAAUGAUGCAGGCUUGUUGAUGAAAACCUUUAAAUCACUACACUUUGAAGUUCACUGUCGAUUGUUUCUGAAUAUGGAUGCAGUGGUGCAUGAUUUAUAUGAAACAGCAAGGCUAAGAGCUCACAAAGAUGCAGAUUGUUUUGUUUGUAUACUUGUCAGUCGAGGAGAUGAUCAACAUAUAUUCUGCACAGACCAUAUUGUUCCAGGAUUUCAAUUGGAAAGGCUGAAGGAUUUCUUUACUGGCGAAAGGUGUCCUGAUCUCUUAGGAAAACCAAAGCUCUUUUUUAUCCAAAACUAUGUUGAGCCCCCAAAUUGGCAAGGAAAUGCCAGCCUGACAGAGGCAGAUGGAAAUCUAUGCACAAUACCACAAGUAGCAGACGUUUUCUGGAGCCACUGCACAUUGGAUGCCUCUGUAUUGGAGAGAUCCCCAUGCUCAUCGUCCUAUUAUCUCUCCACUUUGGCUGGCCUUCUGAUGGAUCCUCAGAAGAGAAAGCUGUCUCUGUUGGAUAUUUUUGUGGAGUUGAACAACAGAGUUUAUGAAUGGAAUAGGAUUAAUUCUACAGAACGGUACUUACUCUUAUUGAAGCACACCCUGAGGAAAAAACUUUUCCUGACUGACAAGUAAAGUCCUUUGUGAAGACUUUCUGAGAUUUAUCAGUUUCUCUUGGAGUGAAGUACAGCAUAUGUGAUAGCAUUCAGAAACAUUUGUACUUUUAAACAAGUAAUUCUUGUAAACAAGCAAUAGAGGGGGAAAGUUCUUACAAUGUAUUAAGAUCUUAUUGCACACCAUAUGUGCCUUAUUUAUAUAACUUGUCAUUAUCUUUCUCAGAACUUCGCUCAGAGAAUUAUAUUACUUUCUGCCUUGCUUAUGAAUAUAAAUUAAAAUAAAAGCCAAGGUGGAUUAUUGUGAGACAACAUAAUUGUCUCAGCAUACAAGUAUAAUCAAAAGUAAUAGUAAUACUAUGAGUAAAGAAGUAUCAGUGCUUGGUUGGAAGAAUCUUCUUGCAGAAAUGGCAUUGAAAAGGAGGUUAGAAAUUGGGGAGCGUCUGAGCUUUGCCAGUAUAUAUACUUGCUUUAUUAUCUUGUUCAUAGGUUUUGAAGGUCUUCCCUAAUCUCAGCCCUCCAGUGUGCAAUUCUUAGUCCCAUCAUCUCUAUAAAAGCUCACCUACUAGCCAAGAGUGUCUGAGAACAAGGGAGGCUAUGGUUAAAUGUAGCUAGUGGGACAAUGUGAUUUUGGUGGUUAGUUCAGCAACAAGGAUAGAAUAUUGAGAUCCACUGCACCAAGAAAUCCCAUGAACACAGAAAUAUAGGGGAACAGAAACUUGUUUCUAGCCCAGUCAAGACAACUAGCAGAACUUGGUUGACAUAGGGAUGAUACUACUCUAACAAGGGGCUCAUUGAAUUUAAGCAAAUGCUUGGGGAUUUGACAAGGAAAAAAAAGAACGUGCAGGAAGUUAUAUGAGGAGAACAUAGUCUUGAUAAAAGAAUUUUUAAGACAUUAUUAGUAAUACUAGUAAUUUUGUCUAAAAUACAACAGUAUGUAUUUCAUCUGAAUAUCUUGAGAUGUGUAUUGUGCAUUUGCAUUUUAAAAUUUGUUUCAAUACUUUGGAUAUUUUGGUGUUGGUUUAUACUUUUCCUUUCUGUGGAAGCUGGUCAGAAACAUUUCAGUCUUUGUCAGGUGCCCAGAACUAGAAUGACACAGUGAACUGAUCAAAAUUGGGGGGAAGGGGGGUUGUUUUUGCCUACCAGACUAACUGCAUUCUCUUUACAGCUCUUCAGAUAAAGCCUUCAAAGUUCUUAAGGGCCCUCCAUUAUUUCCUCCACUAGAGGGAUUUCAAGCUCGCUAGUUUGUUUUUUCCAUCCCCUUUUUAAGCUGGAACUGUACCACAAUCUUAUACAUUUAUAUGUAUCCUGGGGAAAAUUUCUGCUUUUUAAAUUUAAAUCUAGUUAUUUUGUUAAUUGCUUGAUUGCUGAUUUUAUUAUUUUAGUAGAUUACUUUUAAGCCUUGUACUAUGCUUUUUUGUUAAGACUAAAUUUCCAGUGUUGUUUCAGAUAGAUUUGUCUACCUUCAAUAUCACUGUAGUUACCUCACAAUCUGUUUUAAAGUACUAGGGAAGAAUUUGAUGGAUGCAGAGGAUCCAGUGAGAGGGAAUGAUUUAGUUGUUGCUGGAAAAUUGUUACUGUGGGACUCUCUCGGCUGAAGCAGCUAUAGCUAAAGAAGCAGGGUAGACCAGGAAAGCCAGGAAUCUUGUCUGCCUCCUUCAGUCCUCAACAUACAACUGCAUUUGAGCCCAAAUUUGUUUGCUAAGCAAGUUAAGUGAAUUUUGUCCCAUUUUAUGACAUUUCUUGACACAGUUGUUAAAUGAAUCACUGGAACUGUUAAGUUAGCAAUGCGGUUGUUAAGUUAAUCUGUCUUCCCCAUUGACUUUGUUGGCCAGAAGGUUGCAAAAGAUGAUCAAGUGAUCCUGGCACACUGCAAUAGUCAGUUGCCAAGUGUCUGACGGAUUUUGAUCAUCUGACCAUGGGAUGCUGCAAUAGUCGCAAGCGUGAAAAAUGGUCAUAAGUCACUUUUUUCAAUGCCGCUGUAACUUCAAAGGGUCACUAAAUGAAUUGUUGUAAGUUGGGGACCACCUGUAGUUAAGAAAGAACCAAGUUGUUGGGGGAACAGAGGAAAAAAAUGUCACCCAAACCAGAUAGAAGCUGGGUCUGAGCACAAGGAACCUUUCCCCGCACCAAGUCCCAUCAACAGCUACCAGACUGUUAACAAGGCAAUAGUAGUUGCCAGUCUUGUGACUCAGAAAGCAAAGAAAUCUGCCCACUGAAGCCUGCCCACUCUUUGUAGUCUUUCGAAACAGAUUUAAAUUGCUCUAGCUGGUGAAGGAUAUGGGUAAGUGUGGAUUAGUGUGUGCAUGCGUAUGCACAGGGGGGAAGAAUAGCAGAUGUGCAUUGUAACCAGGAAAGUUCUGCUGUACUUUAAAUUCACUGGUUUUCCAUGUAUUCCAAAGAACCUGUUGUGCCUCAAUGUUCAAUUGAAAGUGGUUUGAGUAUGACCCUAAUCAUUUCCCAACCGUUGACCAGGGCUGUGAGUGUCCGUAAAACAAACCUGGGAAUGUGUGCAAUACUUUUAUUGGUGUCAGAAUGAAAUACACAGAUUAAACAGUU